GUCACCAUCUCGCUCCAGCCUAGAACCCGGCCCUUACUACGGAAAUACAGAAACAAUCGGGACCUUCACCCUUCAGUACAUCUCUUAUCCUACAUGACGACACAUUGUCGAUAUAAGUAAACUCAAAAUGGCCUCGGAAACGUCGCUAGUGGCCAAGCUAGAUACGUUGGUCGCUGACGUCCUGGCUGACUGGAACAUAUACACUACUCUCAUCGCAGGGACUAUUGUCGCCUUUCUUAUCUAUUCCAUUGCUACGUCCAAGGAGCCAGACAUUCACCCAUUCUUGCUGGCUCGCCAGUCAACAGCCUUCCCUGUCCGCCAGCCUGGUGAAACUGCCGCCUACCGCAGCCUUGAGACCCCACACGGGUUUCCCCUUCGGUCCGGACUGAACGUCAAAGACCCCGGCGCACCAAAAUGGACCGCUGGACGAAGAGGUGACUUGCGCGAUGUCUGGAAAACUGCUGUUCGCGGAGCUGCAGAGGAAGGAAAGUUAUCUGGUAAACAGGGAAAGCUCUAUACUGUGCUCGGAAGAAGGGCGAUAGAGCAUUCGUUGGAACAAGUAACGCAAGAGAUCAAUGUCAUUGGAACUCGCCUGCAAUCCUCCAAGGCUAAAACAGUUGCCGUCUGUCUUACAGACUCAGUGGAGCUUUUGGCCUCAAUAUUCGCCGGUGCUUUUUAUGGGUUUAAGGUCAUCCUUAUUCCUCACAACCUUGACCCUAAUGAUCUAUCUACCCUCCUGCAGAAAUCUCAGGCAGAUGUAUUGAUUGCGGAGGCAGGCGCGCUUGAUUUGUCUCUUGUAGCAAAGAGUAACGAGCAACUCACUCAAGUUAUCUGGGUUGCGAAGCUUGGUAGUAGGCAUAUGGACUGGAAUGAUGUGCCUGGUGAUGUCAAAGGUACUCUAGAGGUUGCUGUCUGGCAUGAAAUAUUAGAAGAGAAGAAGGACUUGGCUGGGCUUGAUGUUCCCAGCUGGGAGCCCAACAGCCCUUCACCUUCCCUUACUACGGUUUGGCCGUCCGCCACAGGAGCAGGCGAGUUCAUUGAGUAUCAGCCGGAGAACUUGAUCUCCGCCAUCGCUGGCCUGACUUAUUCCCUACCUCGUAAUGAGCGCUUUAACCCUACUGAUCUUGUGCUUUCGACUGAUUCCCUCUCUCGCUCCUAUCCAUUAUGCCAGGUCAUGGCUGCUCUGUACUCGAAUGCCUCUGUUGCAGUGAACUCUGUCGCUGGGGAAGGUGUCGACUUCGCUUUGGCUACCGUUGGAGUAUCUCCAACUGUAGUUAUCGCCUCAUCUCGUACAAUGUCCGAUUACCAUAGCAGAUUCAUGGAGCCACAUUCUGGCGUUAUCUCUUCCCUGGCUCGUUGGUUUGAUGUGAGAAAACUAGAUGCUGGAGUUAUGCCUUCUCAUGGCAUGUUCAGUCAGGUUGCCAAUAUUGGACCGAUGGCUGAACUCUCACUCGACAAACUUCGCCUCUUAUGCAUCUCGCACCGUGCGGACGCCGAUCCCAAUGUUCGCCUUACCUCUGGACAGUUGACGGACUUGAAGAUAUUUACUGGGGCUCGUGUGGUCUAUGCCUUGACUGGUCCAGGCGUGGCCGGCGCUGUCUCUCAGACGAACGUAUUCGACUAUAGGCGUUAUCAGGGCCAGAAUCACUUCGGAGCUCCUUUAAGUAGCGUUGAAAUUGUUCUCACCGGUGUUUCUGAAGACAAGGAAAAUGAGGGACAGAUUACUGUUUCUGGCCCAGCCGUUGUUUCUGAGAAAACUACGCUGACGGCACAGGGCCGCAUCCGUGACGACAACACAAUAGAGUUGUGCUAAAUCGUCUAUUUGCACAACAACAUCUGAUCGUUUUUAGCGUUGACCUGGCCGCUACAUGACUUAUGUUACCGGCUGAUUUCUUUGCACCUUUUGAAUGGAGAAUUAAAUUGCCUCUAUCCAUGUUGAUACUGAAGUGCCCCA